GGAGGAGGCAGGAGCAGGAGGGCCCGCACAGCGCUGUAAGCAGGCAUGCCUGCCUGCCUGGUUCGACAUCGAGAGACUGAUUAUCUGUACAGCGAAAUCGGAGAGGAUGGCCCGCAGCGCACUCGCUCUCACUACCUCCCUCACACUCUGUCUCUCUCUGUCUCCCUCUCGAUGUGCAGCAGUGAUUUUGUGAGGGCCGAUUUUGUCUCAUGCCUCAGAAGUAUACAACCCCAUCUGCUUAUCCUCUAGCAGUCAGCGAGCGAGCGAGCGAGCGCGUGCGUGCGUGCGUGCGUGCGUCGGUGCUCGAGAGAAGCGGUUCGUGCACUCGGUUCAGGUAGCACGAACGAGUGUGGCAGCCCGAUCGAAUUCCCACGCUCGGGAUCCGAAAUGCCUACCCACCACCGCCCCGCGACGGGUUCGCACUCCGCACUUCGACGAUCGAGCUGAGGCGCCGAUGCAUGGACAAAUUCGCACGGACAAUGAGGGCUGGAUCAGCUGACAGCAGCGGCAGCGGCGCUAUGUGAGAGCUCUGAGCCGAAUCGAUCGAACCGAAGCUCGAACUGCUAUCAAGGACAGGCUUUCUAUUUGUCUGUAUUUGACCAUUAGUCGAUUGUGCCCGGUGAUCCUCUUUGUUCUCCCGCCCAUAGAACCAGCUACUGUUCAACAUCUUGCUCGCAAAUUCAUGGUGAAAACAUGACGAUGGAAAUGAAGACGUGAGCAUCAACCAAUUUCUCGAUGACCUGUGUUGUUGGAGCUUGCCCGGCAAGGUACCGAUUUGCAGCAAAUUCUCUGACAUUUUUGCUCUUUUAUCCCCUGUUCUCCUCAAGAAUUAUGGGCUACGGACGUUGUGAUAUUAUCAUUACAGAUCUGUACUCAUCUAGUAGUGAAGUUGUUGAAAAUAGGAUCCAGUACGAAGAAUGCUCUCCCGGAGAGCUUGUAUAGUAAAUUUUAGUUGACACAAGCAAUCCAAUGAAAACG